CGCCGCCCGCGACUAUCAGACAAUCUUAACCUAAUUUUCUCAUCAUCGCGCUGCGGAAAAAAAAAAAACAAAAAAACUCUUUAAUAAUAACAUCAAUCUAAUAUUCUAAUCCCACAACAACAGUGAUCGGAGCCAAAAUUCAAGGUCUUAAACCAGCUUGUUAAUUUAACUGCACGAGAUCGAGAGAGAGGAGCGAAAGAAGGAAGAUGGCAAGGCCGGAAAGAAGCGAUGUCCAUCUCCCGCCGGAGGAGGCGAAGAUAAUAGAGGAAGAGACGCGGCGAUACUUCGAGGAGAUGAUCCCCAAACGCCACCCCAAACCUGCACGCAGUGAUCCCGACGGCUUUGCCCGUGAUCUAGGGCAGUCCGAUGGGGAUUCAACUCCUCCAGAGCUCCAGAAGCUCCAAGAGCUCAACGCCGAGCAACAGGCGCUUGUCUGUGAAGGGUACGAGGCUGUGGAGGAGUAUGUGGAGACGGGCUAUUACUCGGGGCUCCACUGCAUUAACAAGCAGCAUCACACGGAGCACCGCUGUCGCAUCUCCCUUGCCGAGCCCGAAGUUGACCUAUGCCCUACCGCCGGUCUUUUUCUGCCAAAGCCGAUCCUCCCAACAAGCUGGCUUGCAAUCGGUUAGUCGAUUUUGAAAUUCCUAAUUGCAGCGGCUCUCUGAGAUAGAAGCCAAGGUGGAAGAUCAACGAAAAACUGCAUGUUGCCGGCGGUGAUUGGCUUCUUCCGCAUGCUGAGGGAAGUUCUUUUCUCCUUUCGUUUUCUUUGUUACCGGAAUGGCGGUUUGUCUUUCUUCGGAUCCUGGUUUUCUGGAUGGUUCGGCUAGGUCCCGAUCAUUUUUAGAAGCUUUAGCAGGAUCUUCUCCUAGUAGAUUUCCUGAUCUUAUUCGAUAUUCUCUUCGUGGAGUUCCUGCUCUUUUGGUGUAGGAAGAGGAGUUUUUUGCUCUUGCCGAACCAUUUAAGUUUUCACUUGUUGGCUUCUUCCCUUCGCGGCGGCCUCCGCUCGCGUCGAUUCAAAUUUUUUUUUUCAAUCUUCGUUUAAAUGGCGCUUUCUCUGCGAUUGUGUUGGAUUCAUCUCAUGUUCUUAUUAAGCUGGAGAAUGAUCUUGACUAUAGUAGGGUGUUUUGUCAUAGGUCUUAUCUAGUUUUCAAUUGCUUCAUGAAGGUGUCUAAAUGGUCUCCUUCCGGUGACAUUGGGAUGAGUCUCCCAUUGUCCCGAUCUGGAUCUCAUUCCCUAAUUUGCGUCCCCAUUUUUUCUCUCCUAGUAUCUUGCAUGGAUUGGGGCUUCUCUUUGGUAAUCCGCUGAAGGUGGACAAUGCCACUGUGAUGGGGUCUUGCCCGUCUGUUGCCCGUGUGCUGGUGGAAAUUGAUAUCACGAAGAAAUUUUCGGACAAGAUUUGGUUAGGUCCAGACUCCAGAGAAACUUGGGUAUUUCCAACAAGUUACUAUGGAGGAUUUUCCUCUUUUUUGUCUCAAAUGUAAGCGUCUUGGUCAUUCUUUUGGUGACUGCCGACCGAGUCUUGAUGUUAGUUUGCCUGCUGCUCCUUCUUUGUCUAAAUCGAAUUUAUAGGUUUCUAAUGAUAUUGACAUUCCUGUUGGCGAGGGGGUUGUUGGAAAUUUAGGGGAUACAGCUCUUAUCCUUCCUAGUCCUACUAUUGCUAAUCUGUCUCCUAUUAUUUUACUGUCUAUAUGUCAGGAUAGUUCUGUGGCUGUCUCCCCAGUUGUUUUGCCCGUUAUUGGUGAUGUUGGGGUUGAGUUAAUUCCGUCUUGCCAAUUUAAGUCUUCGAUUUUCCCUGUUCCUGUUGCUGCGAUUUGUUUGGUUGGCUCUCCUGUUAUUUUGGACUCCCCUAUCCAUGCUAUUAAUGACUGUGCUGUGGGUGUGCCUUUUGUCGGGCAAGUGUCUUGCCCUGCUCUCUCCCCUGCAGCUACUGUGCCUGCUGAUGUUGUUUCUCCUAAUGUGGCUCCUACUCUUGUGGUUGUUUCUAAUAGUAAUUGUUGUAUUAAUCUUAGUGAUAGUCCAAUUGUUGGUGAUGGUGCGGAAUUGUGUGUUGAUAAUUUUGUUUCUUUUGUUGAUAGUGGUGAGGAAACAUUGGCUGUUGUUGGGCAGGAAGGUAUUGUGAUGCCUCUAGUGGAUGUGCCAAUUUCUAUCAUUUCAAAUGCUAAAAUGUUAGCCCAUGUUGCUAGAGAUGUUAGGUGGCAAUGUGAUUGGUUACAUGAUGACAUGGCUAUUGAUAGUGGAGAGGACUUUAUUGUUAACACCCUGGAUACGGGCUCGCUCGAUAAUUUUGUUAGGCAACGUAAAUGGAGUUCCAAGAAGAAAUGAUUUUCUUCUUUUGGAAGUUUUGGGAUGUGGUCUUUCCUUCUCUUAGUUUGCUUUGCCACUAGUGUUUUUUAUUUUAUCAUUUAUUAUAAAUCUAUUGAUGUGGCCCUUCUUGCGGUCUUGUGUUGUAUCUUUCUAUCUUAUUGGAAUUUUUUGUUUUGGUUAAAA